AUGACGACAGUUCCGUUUCUGGUUCCGGCUCGGAGUUGCCUGGUUCCGAAUAGAGUCGCGACCGUUUCGGGGAGCUUAAAGAGCCCAACGUAAGAAUCGGAGCCGACUUUGAAGGGUUCGCGGGAACAUCCACGUAAACAUGGCAGCCUCCACUGCGGCCGGAAAGCAGCGGAUCCCCAAAGUGGCUAAGGUGAAAAAUAAAGCUCCUGCUGAAGUCCAGAUUACAGCUGAACAGCUUUUAAGGGAAGCUAAGGAAAGAGAACUUGAGCUUCUUCCACCACCACCUCAACAGAAGAUCACAGAUGAAGAAGAAUUAAAUGAUUACAAACUAAGGAAGAGAAAGACUUUUGAAGACAAUAUAAGGAAGAAUAGAACUGUGAUUAGCAACUGGAUAAAAUAUGCACAAUGGGAAGAGAGUCUAAAGGAAAUUCAAAGAGCCCGUUCCAUAUAUGAGCGUGCCUUGGAUGUCGACUAUCGAAAUAUCACUCUCUGGCUAAAAUAUGCAGAAAUGGAAAUGAAAAAUCGCCAAGUAAAUCAUGCCCGAAAUAUCUGGGAUCGAGCUAUCACUACUCUUCCCCGGGUCAACCAGUUCUGGUAUAAAUACACUUAUAUGGAGGAGAUGCUGGGAAAUAUUGCUGGAGGCCGGCAGGUUUUUGAACGCUGGAUGGAAUGGCAGCCUGAGGAACAAGCCUGGCAUUCCUAUAUCAACUUCGAACUGAGAUAUAAAGAGGUGGAUCGAGCACGUAGCAUUUAUGAAAGAUUUGUCCUUGUGCACCCUGAUGUUAAGAAUUGGAUCAAGUAUGCUCGCUUUGAAGAAAAACAUGGCUACUGUGCUCAUGCAAGGAAAGUAUAUGAAAGAGCUGUGGAAUUCUUUGGAGAUGAGCAUAUGGAUGAACAUCUCUAUGUAGCCUUUGCAAAGUUUGAAGAAAAUCAGAAAGAAUUUGAAAGGGUACGAGUGAUCUAAAUAUGCUCUGGACAGGAUUUCAACUAUAAAUAUGCUCUGGACAGGAUUUCAAAGCAGGAAGCCCAAGAACUCUUUAAAAAUUACACAAUCUUUGAAAAGAAAUUUGGGGAUAGACGAGGUAUUGAAGACAUCAUUGUCAGCAAACGGAGAUUUCAAUAUGAAGAGGAGGUGAAGGCCAAUCCACACAAUUAUGAUGCCUGGUUUGAUUAUUUGCGAUUGGUGGAAAGUGAUGCAGAACCAGACACUGUGCGGGAGGUAUACGAAAGAGCCAUUGCCAACGUGCCCCCUAUCCAAGAGAAGAGGCAUUGGAAGCGCUAUAUCUACCUCUGGAUCAACUAUGCACUUUAUGAAGAGUUGGAGGCAAAGGAUCCAGAGAGGACCAGACAGGUAUAUCAAGCUUGUUUGAAAUUGAUUCCACACAAAAAGUUCACUUUUGCCAAAAUAUGGCUACUGUAUGCCCAGUUUGAAAUAAGACAAAAAAAUCUACCAUUUGCUAGAAGAGCUUUGGGAACCUCUAUUGGCAAGUGUCCCAAAAACAAAUUGUUUAAAGUCUACAUUGAAUUGGAAUUGCAACUUCGAGAAUUUGAUCGGUGCCGAAAGCUUUAUGAAAAGUUCCUGGAAUUUGCACCAGAAAAUUGUACAUCAUGGAUCAAAUUUGCUGAAUUGGAGACGAUUCUUGGAGAUAUUGAGAGAGCCCGCGCAAUAUAUGAGUUGGCUAUUAGCCAGCCACGUUUAGACAUGCCAGAGGUGCUCUGGAAAUCUUACAUUGAUUUUGAAAUUGAACAAGAAGAAUCUGAAAAAACAAGAAGCCUUUACAGAAGACUGCUGCAACGAACACAGCACGUUAAGGUAUGGAUCAGUUUUGCCCAGUUUGAACUCUCAGCAGGAAAUGAAGAAAGUUUGACUAAAUGCAGACAAAUAUAUGAAGAAGCCAACAAAACUAUGAGAAACUGUGAAGAGAAGGAAGAAAGACUCAUGUUACUAGAAUCCUGGCGAAAUUUUGAAGAUGAAUUUGGGACAGAAUCUUAUAAAGAGAGAGUGGACAAACUCAUGCCAGAGAAAGUGAAGAAGAGAAGAAAAGUACAGGCAGAAGAUGGGUCUGAUGCUGGCUGGGAAGAGUACUAUGACUAUAUCUUUCCAGAAGAUGCCGCAAACCAGCCCAAUCUCAAACUGCUGGCGAUGGCCAAACUUUGGAAGAAACAGCAGCAAGAAAAGGAUGCUGCAGAGCAAGACCCAGACAGAGACAUGGAUGAGAGUGAAUCUUGACUUUUUCUAUGUUGUUCCAUUUUUGUUAUUUUUAUAAAUUCCUACUCUAUAAUUAUUGUGACUUAGGAGACUUUUGUGCAGUAUUUUUAUCAUUGUUAACCUUGUACCUUUGCUAUGUUAUACCUUUAAAAUGUUGCUAAGUUAGCAUUGAGAAGACUGUAAAUAAAGGACAUAAAAUUUCUUUUUUAUAACAGAUUUAUCUGUUUUGAUAUUUAGUGACUUUUCAAAAUACAGAAUUUUAAAAAUA